AUGAGACAAGCAUAUGGAGAGUCCCUAAAGAGCUUCCUAUCACGCUUCAUCGAUGAGAUGGCGUAUUGCGUGCAAGUCACCGAUCGUGAGACGCUAUCCGCAUUAAGGGGAGAAUUGAUUGAGCAUAGGAACAAGGUAAGUAGGGACCUCCCACCUCCUCAAAGGCAGCGCGCUAGAGGGCCGACCUCCCACCUGAUGGACUAUCAAAUCAACCAGGCUGGAAAUGAGAGUUCUGGCCAAGCACAUGCCACCACCACUUUGAACGCAGUUCCCACCUUGGCAUAUGAGGAUAUCAACCCAAUUACUAACACUCAGCAGACCGAAACCCUACAAGGAUCUCGUAGGGGAAGAGGCCGAGGUCGGGGUUCAGGACCUAGAAAUAGGUCAAAUCAGAGCCCACCAGGAUACUGUGUACACCACCGGUCCUAUGGACAUGACACGACGGAUUGUCGAGACUAUGCACACCGCUCCCGGCUGAAACCCCCUAAGGACAGAAAUGAAUCGCCUCAGGCGAACAGGCCCCCGUCCAGGCACGACAACCGACCUAGGCGUGAGGAGGUUUUUCCCCGUCAAAGGGAUGUUUCCCCACGACGAAGGAAGUGUGAUACGGAGAGGCUCAGGAAAUUGCGCAGGCACCGACGAAAUCGACAAGGCCAGGAUGAGGCCCCUAUCCACAAGGUGGAUACCAUAUUUGGAGGACCAUAUAUUGGCGGUGAAACACGAAACGCCAAAAGGAAUUACGCCCGAGAGGCUAAACACCCCCUUUGGCAAGUUACAUUGUGGACAACAGCUCCCGGAGGAACCAAGUUCCAUCCAUUGUCUUCACCUAGAAAGAUGCCAAUGGAGUUCACUACCCCCACUACGAUACACUUGUUUGGAGAUGGAAGAGUCUCCCCAAACUACGAUGAACUUCAUGGAUUCCUCAUUGUCGACAGUCGAUCGGCCUACCAUGGAGUAUUAGGUAGGCCAGCCCUAAAAGAAUUGGGAGCAGUCAUCUCCAUCUAUCAACUAUGCAUGAAAUUCCCGACGGAAAAUGGGGUGACAACGGUGAGAGGUGACCAAAAAGGAUCGAGAGAGUGUUAUCUAAGCUCCAUUAAAAAGGUAGAGCCCCGGGACAUCCAUGUAAUCAUAGCUGAUAUAGUCAUGGCUGACGUCCCAGGUGAUGCUCUCACCGACUCAGAAGAUAUCGAUAUGAUCGAUGUACCACCCAAUUCGGAGGUAUUGGUCAUUGAUGAGAUCGAUCCCGCAUAA